GACGCGUUCGGUUCAAAUGCUCUGUGUCGCUCGUCCAUUCGACCAAAACAAAGUGCUAGUACGGAGUCCGGUGUAUAUAUAACCCUUAUCCGUUGAUACUGAGCGGAUCGGAUCGAAUCGAAUCGGAAAAGCAUACUUUUGCGCAACAGAAAGAAGGCUAAAACGAUGACGGAGCAGUCAAGGCUUGCCUGAAAAACUUUCGCAACGCUGCUGCUCGGUAAAGAACUGAGGAGAGGCCAUGACGUAAAACCAGAUUCGGAUCCAGAUUCUCGCUUUUAAGCUUAAGUUCACUGCCAAGCACAGCAACUUAAAGAGAAAGCCAAGAAGGUGAGAGCGCGAAAGCUUUUUUGAGCUUGGAGCUUUUGCAACGGCACCCACAAAACGCUAACCGUGAACGUGAAAAUAAUAAUGAGUAACGAAACGUCGGCGAGCGAGACAACACCGCUGCGGCGGCCGGAUAAUCAAACACCAGAUCAUAACGUGGCCCAAAGUAACCAAACAUCGGUUAAUAGCGACCACAGCAGCAACAACAAUAACUACGGUGACUCGGUCCAAGUGCGUCUGCAGGAGCAGGACAGAAAUAGCGACAGCGAGCGACAACAACGAACGGCCACCAUGGAUACCAACAAAAGAAUCCUCUGCCGCGUGGGCUUGGAUGUUUUAAUCUUGCUCUGCGCCGGCUUUCCCAUACUGCUGUUCUUCCUGCUGGGCGAGCCGUACAAGCGGGGCUUCUUCUGCGAUGACGAGUCGCUGAAGCACCCGUUCCACGAUUCCACGGUCCGGAAUUGGAUGCUAUACUUCAUCGGAGCUGUGAUACCAGUCGGCGUGAUACUCAUCGUGGAGGUGAUCAUUUCACAGAACAAGGCCAAGCAGGAUAAUGGCAAUUCCAGCAGUCGGAGGUAUGUCUUCAUGAACUACGAACUGCCCGACUGGAUGAUCGAGUGCUACAAGAAGGUCGGCAUCUAUGCAUUCGGCGCUGUGCUCAGCCAGUUGACCACGGAUAUUGCCAAGUACUCCAUCGGCCGACUGCGUCCCCAUUUCAUAGCGGUGUGCCAGCCCCAGAUGCCCGACGGCACCACCUGCGCCGAUGCCAUCAAUGCGGGGAAAUACAUCCAGGAGUUCACAUGCAAGGGAGUUGGAUCGUCGGCGCGCAUGCUCAAAGAGAUGCGCCUCUCCUUCCCCAGCGGCCACUCCAGCUUCACCUUCUUCGCCAUGGUCUAUCUGGCGCUGUACCUGCAGGCUCGCAUGACCUGGCGGGGCUCCAAGCUGCUGCGUCACCUUCUCCAGUUCCUGUUCAUCAUGGUGGCCUGGUACACCGCCCUGAGCCGCGUGUCGGACUACAAACACCACUGGUCCGAUGUGCUGGCAGGAUCGCUCAUUGGCUCCAUAUGCGCCUUGGUUGUGGCCAAUUAUGUAUCCGACUUGUUUCAAAAGCAAAACACGAAGCCCUACUUGGCGCGUACAGUGCAAGACAUGAAUGCAUUGCCAGCCCAGGGAAUUACGAUUACUUCAAACUAACCCGCAGAAGUGCAAAAUAGCAAUUACAAGUUCCACGAGUUGUAGUCGAACCAUUGCCUCGACAUUCUUAUGGAUUUCAUUAUCGGGACAGUGAAGCCUAGCUUUGCGUAAUCCUAAUUAAUUUAUUCCUGUACUGGCAUUUUAAGAGCUGAGUGUGUAUGAAUGUGUUAGCUGCAAGUGCACUUAAGUGCCUUCUGAAUAUUUAAACUAGAGCAAUUGAGAGAUAUGUAUGUGUAUGAUGCCAGCAUUUGUACUAUACUAAAUAUUUUAAACUAACGCAACAAUUUCCACAAAACAAGUGACCUUCAAAACAGAGCAGCGCAAAAAUAAAUGGAAGCAAUAAGUAUUAUGUAAGCUAAUUUUAGGCUUCGGAAACGUAAAAAUAAUUUAGAUAGUUCUAAGAUUCUUGUAAUAUUUUAAUUUAUAAUGCUUGGCGAGAGUUUGCCUUUUUUCGCUGAAUAUUUGUAUGAAAAUAUAAUAGAAUUUUGAAAUCA